UGGCUCUGGACACAGGAAUUUCAGCUCCUCCUCAGCCUGCAUACCAACUAUGAACAAACAUGGUGCUAGCUCCUUCAACACAAAGAAAGUAUCCAUUGGCCAUAAGAUGUUCCCAAGUUUUGGUAGCAAAAGUGUGUAUAGUGUUGUCUCAGGUGGACACAAGAUGUCAUCUGGGAGUUUCCAUCCAGCAAGAAUUGGACAUGGAUAUGGUCACAGUUUUGGAGGAUCUAGCCACGGAUAUGGUGGAGCAGCUUCCUCUCCAGGAAUCACCUCUGUUACUGUAAACCAAAGUCUCUUGGCACCACUCAACCUGGCCAUCGACCCAAACAUCCAGAGAGUGAGAACUGAUGAGAAAGAUCAAAUCAAAGGUCUUAAUAACAAGUUUGCCUCUUUUAUUGACAAGGUACGAUUCCUUGAACAACAAAAUAAGAUGUUAGAAACCAAAUGGUCUCUUUUACAAGAUCAGAAAAUGGGCAGUUCUCAGAGUGAACCUCUCUUUGAGGCUUUUAUCAGCAACCUCAGGAGACAGCUGGAGAGUCUCACAUGUGAGAGAGCGCGUCUAGAGGCAGAGAGAAGAGCUAUGGAGGAAACAGUGGAAGAAUUCAAGGAAAAAUAUGAAGAGGAAGUGAACAGGCGCACAGCUGCAGAAAAUGAAUUUGUCAACCUGAAGAAGGACGUUGAUGAAGCAUUUAUGAAUAAGGCUGAACUACAAGCUAAGGUCGACUCAAUAUCAGAUGAAAUCAACUUCCUGCGCACCCUGUUUGAUGUGGAAAUUGCUCAGCUCCAGGAUCAGAUCUCAGAUACCUCAGUGGUUGUGUCUAUGGACAACAGCCGAGACCUGGACUUAAACAGCAUCAUCACAGAAGUUAAAGGUCAUUAUGAAGAGAUUGCUAAUAAGAGCAGAGUAGAGGCUGAGUCAUCAUACCAAACCAGGUACGAGGAGCUGCGUAUGACUGCUGGCAGACAUGGCGAUGAUCUCCGUAACACCAAGCAGGAAAUUGCUGAACUUAAUCGUGCCAUUCAGAGGCUUAAAGCAGAAAUUGAUAACGUGAAAGACCAGCGGGCUAAAUUGGAAGCUGCCAUAUCAGAAGCUGAAGAGCGUGGAGAGGCGGCUGUCAGAGACGCCAAGAACAAGCUGACUGAGCUGGAGGAAGCACUGCAGAAGGCCAAGCAGGACAUGGCUCGCCAAAUGAGAGAAUACCAGGAGUUAAUGAAUGUCAAACUUGCCUUGGACAUAGAGAUCGCCACCUACAGGAAACUGCUAGAAGGAGAGGAAUGCAGGAUCACUGGAGGCGGUAAUGACUCUGUCAGCAUCUCUGUCCUACACUCCAGCAGCGGAGGAGCACACGGAGGAAACGGACAUCACCACAAAAGCGGAUUUAGCAGCGGCAGUUUAUCCUCAGGAAAAUACAGCUCCGGAUAUGGCCAUGGCUAUUAAGGCAGAUGUGGCUGUUCUUUAGUUUUGCAGAUGCCAAUCACAGCUUAUGAAACCUAUAUAAAGAAAGGAGUAAUCAGGAAUAAUUGGGUACUUUCCAGAUUAUACUAAAAGUAAUAGUUUAUGCCACUUUCAUUUAUUGAAUGUGAAAAUUGUCCCAAACCACCCACAGACCACCCGAAUCUUGCUACUUCUAGAGACACUAAUUCCUUCUGGUUUCUCCACACCCAUUUGAGACACUGGAAAUAAGAACAUAAAACCACACUUACCUGCUUUACAUUUCUCCUCUCCGGGAGAAAGCCGGAGAGGAGACGCUGCAGGGAACUUCUUUGGGGGGGAGGUGGGCUGGGUUCUGACAUCAUCAAAGCCCUUCUCUAUCUUGGGAAAACGUUGCAAUUCGCAGGUCAGUGGGAAGGGGAUGGGGCUAAAAUAACAUGAUUUGCAUCAUUUUAGCUCCUCCCCACGGACAUGGGAAGGCCGGCGAUUAUCUCUUCAUCCUGUCCGCUUUACUAGGGUGCGGGCAGGGUGCAGGAGAUCUGUCUGCUUUCCUGAAGUAGGCCCAUAGCUAUAGCUUGAAGUUGUUCUAUUAGUUGCAUUCUUUCAGUGCUGCCAUUUUGCAGUAUGUGCUGACCAAUACUCAGCCUAUCAGCACACUGGUGAUAAAUGACAUCACUGGGCAAGGGGUAAAGGCUACAUUCACUUUAGAAAAUGGCUGCUCCGCUGUGCAGAGGCGACAGGUAAACUUUAACAUCAUUAUGAGAAUAUAUAUUAAACAUUCAAUUGUAAAGCGUAACAGAAUAUGCUGCGCUAUAUAAGAAACUGUUAAUAAAUAAUAAAUAAACAGCAUUAAGUCACAGAUAAUCUUUCUUCUAGUGAUAGUCUUCUGGCUUCCUCCGGAGAAGCAAAGCAUGACAAAACAUAUUUACAAAGGUUUUUCGCACUACAUGUAUCACCACCCAUCUCAGGAUGGUGAUAGCAGGGUAUUAUUACUAGAACAAAAUGCUUUAUUACUUAAAUGAAGCAUUUUAGACAUUUUGAUAUAUAUUUUUUAACAUUAUUUUCAUUUUCUUCUCAAGUUUCCACAAAAGUGGCAUUGGAUGACCAAGUCUGCGCAUGCAUCAGCCUUGGCUCCGCACUGGCCUUCUCAGGCCAUAAUUUCACUCAGCAGAACAUCACUCAGCUACCCUGGCACCAGGGGUGUAGCUAGGGUGGCUCCGGUGGAGCGCAAGCUCCGGGCGCCAGAAAAGAUAGAGGGCACACUGUACAGGCAGCCGCAGAGCAGGAGAAGGAGCACACUGAUUCAGAGACGAGGUAGGGAACAAGGCAGGCCAGAGGCGACAGCAGGAGGCAUUGAUAGUCGGCACAUGCUGGAGCUAUGCUGCCCUCUUUAUAUGUCUCACUGUCUGCUUAUAGCUGUGCAGCAGGGCUACUUCUGUCCUGCUAGACCACUCUCUGCCCCAGCUGCUGCAGCACCUCUUUCUGCCUUGGCAGCUGUAGCACCUCUCUCUGCCCCGGCUGUUGCAGCACCCCUCUCUGCCCCAGCUGCUACAGCACCUCUCUUUCGUUGAUGCUGCAGCACCUCCCUCUGCCCCAGCUGCUGCUGCAGCACCUCUCUCUGCAUUAGAAGCUGCAGAGUAAGAUGUAUAAGAGGGUCUACUGUGGCAUAAUGUGAGUAAUUGGCUCUACUGUGGUGUUACGUAAUGUGUAUAAGCGGCUCUAAUGUGUAAUAGUUAUAAGCAGCUUUACUGUGGUGUAACGAGUAUAAGCAGCUAUACUAUGGUGUAACGUAUGUAAGCGGCUCUACUGUGGAGUAACGUGUAUAAACGGCUCUACUGUGUCAUAACAUUUAAAGGCGGCUCUACUGUGUUAUGUAACGUGUAUAAGGGGCUCUUCUGUGUGGCAUAAAGUGUAUUAGGCGUACUACUGUGUGGUGUAAUGUGAAAAACGGACAAUACUGUGUUGUGUAAUCUGAAUUGGUACUAUUUUGUUUACAUGCCCCUUCCCCAUUAAGCCACUCCCUUAUAUUUUUGUUGUGUGCCUUCGGCGCACACUGAUCCUGUUUUAAACAUGGGAAGCACCCAAAGGAAAUUUUCGCCCUGAGCUCCACAAGGUCUAGAACCGGCUUGUCACCAGGAUUUUUCAAUAUUUUUUCUUUUCAAAUGAAAUAUGCCCCUAAUUUACUACAGGGGAGGGGAUGGUGAAACUUACCCUUGCUCUGGGCACCAUGGCACCUAACUACACCUCUGCCUGGCACAGCUUUACUGGUAAAUUACGGCAGCAGAUUUUCUAUCAUUGUGAUAGGCCGCAAUAGAAAUUAAUUACUUCAGCCACCUAUUGGUAAAUAGACCCCUCAGUUAUAAACAGUAGUUUAAUUUCUUUACAAUUAAGAAUAUUUUUCGCUGUCUGUGACAUAGGAAUAUUUACCUAGAGCCCAACCUUUAUCAACAGCAUCUGCCUUCUACAUCUGUAUCUUCUCUGCCAGUAAUAAACUACUUAUGUUCAUUUGCAAACAAUACGUGAUUCUACCGUUAUUUUUGAUAUUAUAUAAAUAGUAAUAUUAAUACAAAGCGCAACGUAUUUGCAAAUGGUUCCUAAUGAAGACAUAAAAUAAUAAUGUGUUUACCAUCCUCAUGAAUACAUAACAUUAAACCAUGCAGAAACAUUAAUAAGCAGGCUCAUUUGCAUAAAGGACAAAGUAGCUGUGUAUAUAACCUGUACAAUGUGUAAUGGGUCAUCACAUGGUGACAGUAAUGCUAUUGUUAACAUAUAUCUGUAAGGUGAUGGUAAAAGAAACAUGCAUGUGAGCUUUUCAGAUGUUAUUCCAAUAGAAACCAUGGCGUGGACUGUCCUAAUGGCAUACCACUCUGUGAGAGUACAGUAUGUAGUCACUUUGUUAACCAAAAUGUUGACAGCAUAAUACCGACAUGGUGUGGAUGUUGUCAUCCGAUUUUAGGGUAAGGGGUUGGCUGUAAUUCAGGACUGAUUAGGACUAGACUGUAGUUGGCAUAGGGUUAGGUUUACAUUGAAAAUCCUACUGUCAACAUUGUAACUGUCCACAUUAAGACAACGGCGACAUUGUGAAUGCCAACUUUUUAAAUGUCAACAUUCUGAACAUGUCGAUAUUAUGCUGAAUGUUGACAUACUGAGUAUCAAUAAAUAUACCAUAUACUUUAUAGUACAUGAAACGGAAUAAAAUGUAUUUGCUA